CUGUACCGAAACUACGGCUGCUGUGCUGCGGCUAGAUCUACGCUACUAAUGGCGACUGCCGGUGCGCGUUUGGUGGGCUGGACACUUGCAGUAGUUUACAGGUUACCUGUUAUCAUUACUGUACAACUAGGGAAUUGAGUGCCUAAAUUGUAUUCGAAGUCGUUCAGUGUUUCAUGCUGCUUAGUUCAAUCUGUGUCUCACGCCUGCUUGCCAUGGUAAAUAUUUGAGACGUGGAAAUUCGAGGGCUUCGUGCUGUAGAGCCGACGUACUAAUGUCGUCCCUGCAAAAGCAAAUGCUGAAGAACAGGCUGCCUCCUAUGCGCCCGAAGCCGUUCUCCAGGUCCGUGGAAAAAGGAAAGUCUGGAAUGCUUCGGAGAGACUACACGCCGUUACCCUGGCGCGACUACUUUUCCGAAGGGCGGUGGGUCAAAACAUCGGACAGCGAUACUUUCAGGGUCUAUACAAAGGGAUCCCAAGGACCUCUCCUGCUCCUUCUCCAUGGAGGUGGCUACAGUGGCCUCACAUGGGCUCUAUUCUCGAAUGAAAUUUGUCACAUCGUGGAAUGCCAGGUAGCCGCUCUCGACAUUAGAGGCCACGGUGAAACAGUAACAUCCAAUGAAAUGGACUUGUCUGCAGACACACUUUCCAAUGAUGUAGGCAAUGUUUACAAUGCAAUGUACCCAGAUGAGUCUCGUCAACCUCCGGUGGUUCUUAUUGGACACAGCAUGGGUGGAGCAGUAGCUGUUCAUGCUGCCUACAAGGGUGUCAUCCCCAACUUGAUUGGCCUCAUCGUCAUUGAUGUUGUAGAAGGCACUGCCUUGGAAGCACUUCAAAACAUGCAAUCAUUCCUGCGAGGAAGACCUUCUUCGUUCAAGUCCCUGGAAUAUGCGAUAGAGUGGUGCGUUCGUAGUGGCCAAGUGCGCAACUUAGAGUCUGCCCGAGUCUCCAUGCCAAGCCAGCUCAAAAAUGCCAAGACUGGAGAGCCAGCGACCAAGUGCUUGCCUGCAACAUCGACCAGUCCCGUGUCAUUCAACUCAUCUGGUCUGCCUGCGAAUGAUGCUGCGCCUCGUUCCAUUCCGAGAGCAGACCAGAUACCUGAAAUUCCAGAGGAAAGCCCUACAGAAGAAAGCAUGCCUCCUCAAAGCUCAUUCACUGAUUUUAGGCAGCCAUCACCAGUGUGUUCAGAUGAUGCUCCUAAAUUUGUUUGGCGGAUAGACCUGUCUGGGACUGAGGAAUAUUGGAAAGGCUGGUUUGCAGGCCUCUCUUCUUUGUUUCUCUCUGUUCCUGCUCCAAAGCUGCUUCUUCUGGCAGGGGUGGACCGACUAGACAAGGAUCUCACCAUUGGUCAGAUGCAAGGCAAAUUUCAAAUGCAAGUACUUCCUCAAUGUGGGCAUGCUGUUCAUGAAGAUGUUCCUGGAAAGGUAGCUGAGGCUGUGGCGAAUUUUCUUGUGCGCAACAAGUUUGCCGAGCCUACGUCGAAUUUUCCACAGACAUUUCCAGCAUGCUAGAUUUGACUCAAGUUGUAUUGUCGUAUGCACUACUGCACAAAUAAAAUGUUGUGUAAUGUUAGAAACAUUGCUUAUGUCUUUUU